UUCUGCACAUACUAUACCGUUUCCCGUACGACGAUGUCCACUAUUUCCUUGACCAUCAAUAGCCUGGCGGGAGGCAGCAUUAUUGAGAACAUUUUGAAGCAGCUCGUCGCCAUGUACCCACUGUGCCACGACCAGGCCGUGGACUCAUAUCUGGAGCUCUUCAAGCUUGCUACCAUAUGCCACCAGUGGAUGGAGUGCUUAAAAAAGCCCAUGUGUCGUACGGCAUUUGUUGUUUGUAAGGGGCGUAUGGACCAAUACCUUCCCGGUGCUAUUGCCACCAGGUACAAAUGGGUGACAAACAUUGGAUUCAUUGCAUCAGCGGGAAUGUCACGAGAGACCACUAGUCUUCUCAUCGAUAACGGGAGCCAGGGAUGGAACGCAUCAUUUACUCAAGCACUGGAGGAAUUUCAGUUCAGUGCGAGCAGCUGGGACAGCAUCAAAACACUGCAUAUCGGGGCUAUUGGGAGAACCCCGCACGACGAUGCACUCGCAUGUCUAGCUCAGAAUCUGAGUGCCCUCACUAGGAUCACCUGUGACAAAGCCAGGUUUAUAUACGUACUGCUCGCUCACUUAUCCACACCAGCUGCCAGGAACGUCCCAGUGGCAUGUCUACGGACCUUGUGCAUCGCUGGCCAAAUUGAUAAGGCUAUGUGGUCAGCAUUCCAGCAUCCUGCAGGCAAGCCCAUCGUAUUUCCGGACUUUGCUGAAUGCAAUCUGCACCUUCCUAAACUUCAGAGGCUUUGCGCAUACAAUGCACUCGACCACUUCCGGGACUUUUACAAGCCCUUCCUUGACAUGCCGUUAUGCUGUCUGCAAGUAUCGGAAAGAACGCACAACCUGCCGUAUAUCCAGCCUGUACUUAUACAGAGCGUGUACACUCUAGAGAGGACAGAUACGGGCCUCUCCAAUUCUUUUUUGACCAUAGCAUCGCCUGUUCGCUCAGCAGUACUGGUUUCGCUCGAGUCACUUCAGUUGGGUUUGCGAGAUAUCCCUUACCAUGACAUCGACUGCCUUCUCAUGCAGCUUCCACGACUCUGGUACCUCCACAUUAAUGUCCAUAACUGGGAUUAUCCAAGUGCCGACACUGCUCAAUCCACAUCCCCAAUUAGCACGACCCUCCAGCACCUCAAAAUCACAAUCAAUUGCCUGUGCUGGCUCCGGCAGCUCAUCAUCCGAACCCCAUCCCUGUUGAAGCUCGACCUGCCAGUGGAAUACUCCAAUGAGUUUGUCCAGUUUGUUGAGAGAGAAGGGAAAAACAUCUACAUUUGGAGGCCAGUGGUUCCCCGCUACGGGCAUCUCCUCCAGAGCCGCAGUGAUGCAUUGGCCAACGCGACAAGUUCGCACUCAAGUAUCAUACAAAGAUACGUCCCAGCUAUUGUUCGCUCGUGGUUUUCUCUUGGCUAGUGAAAGGGUAAUUUAUAAUAUGACCACCUGAACCGAUGUUUGGUGGAAGUAAUGCACCAGUACAUGACACAUGGAUAAAUGUGGCUGUAGUUAUGCGGGGAUCCGAAUGAUAUUACUGUGCGGCAGACGCAAGGAUAUAUUAGCCACUGCCUGGCAUGCAAGGAGAG